UUCAUCCCUCAACGAAGUACAGCUGCGCCAGGAAAAUAAUUUUUCUCCCCUACAUUUUAGCAACAGACCCGCCUUAAAUCGUAAUCAAUUUUAAUCCAACAACCGUUUGUGAUUGCUUCUGUCAAAAGUUUCCGCCGACAUGUGGCCACGGCUUGACAGAGACAGAAGAUGGACUGAGAUAGUGUAGUGAGAAGUGUAAAAACAUUUGUGACAUGGAAAAGAUUUAGAACACGCUGGUCGAUGGCCAACAUUUGCGUGUAGUUUGUGUGCAUUCAGUUGCUAGUUUAGUUUUCCCUACCUUCGCCGUUCACUCGUGCGCGUGUGUUGCCGUGCUAUAUCUUCCUUUGCAUGCAACUGUUGUUCGAUUAGCCGAGGGUUUUAGCCCGUUGGGGGGCUUCAUUCGCUCGCCACUAGCUUCCGGUCGCGGAUGUCGCGGAGCGGGCGAACACUUUGCACGAUUAAUCUUAUUAAAGCAACCGCGACCGACCAUCGUUUCAUCUGCGCAAAGGUAACCCCGCCGUGUGGGCUCUAACCCCGUAACCAGCCACCCGCGGAGGUGACGUUGGCAAUGUACUGAAAUAUGCUAGUGGGACACAGUGGGUUGGUAAUUGCGUGUAAACACUCUCUGGAAAGGCGACGUCGAUUGUGCCGCACCGGGAAGAGGCACGGAAGAAGGGUAGUUUCCAACUCUACCAGCUGGCCAGCUGGUGCUUGACCGAAGCUGCCUGCACGAAUCGAUGGUUUAGGAAUACGGUCCGGGAAGAGGUAUACGACAUAAUCUUGAAGGCGAACGUGACGAUAAGCGAUGGAUGUGGCCAAUCUGUUUGACGACCUCGAGUCCAACAACAUGGACCGGGUGGACGAAGUGAAGCGCAAGUUUCAGGAGCUGUUUUCCUCCACCAAAGAAUCCUGGCUUGCCUGCAACAUGAUGGAGUACUUUGCCCACACGUCAUCGAUACGGAUCGUGGAAAUACUCGUGAAGGUGCAGCAACCGCACGACAAGCACAUAUUCGACCGACUGGCGGAAUGGAUACGCAGCGGCACGUCGAAAACGCUGGCGCUCACACUGUUCGGACACAUCAUACAGAAGCGACCGCUGUGGCUGUACAAGGUUGGAACGCACCAGCUGGUAAAGGACGUGCUGAAGCUGUCGAAGGUGGAGAAAGACAUUACCUCACUGAUCAACGCGGUGCUGUGCAUCAUCGAUCUGCUGCCCGUGAUUCCGCUGGCGAUGGGCAACUUUGUGCAGGACCUGUUCGAUGUGUUCAACUAUCUUGCCACCUGGAACCAGAACGAGUCGCACCUGCCCGAGUACCAGCUGAUACAUCUCCAGUUUGGCCUGUACGAGCUGUUCACCCGGCUGUACGGCAUGUAUCCGUGCAAUUUUGUGGCCUUCCUCAAGCAGGAAUAUUCGUCGACCGGGCGGCAGGCCGUGUUUCAGCACACGAUCAAGCCGCUGCUCGAUACGGUCAAGAUCCAUCCGCGGCUCGUGCUGUCCGAUCAGGAGAGCGAAACGAGCCAGCAGCGCUGGAAAAACAUGGAACCGCACGAUGUGGUGAACGAGUGCGCGCGGAUGUCGCUCGAGUAUCCGGAACCGCAGGAAAGCGCGCAAUCGCAACUGCUGGCUGUGAAUGGGUCCGGGGGCAACGAAUGUCCCUGCUACAUGACACCGAUAAAACCGUACGAGUACACGGCCGGCGGCGGAACCGAUGUGUUCGAGUUCUCGUGGAAAGCAAACGUGAACUUCUUCAACACCCUGUCGCUGGACCAGCAGCUGUGCACGAUCACCGCUCAAAAUUCGUUCUGGUCACCGAACAGCACGCUCAUGCAGCCGACCCCUCCGCCCACGACGGGCACCGUACCGCACACACCGAUUCCUACCCCCAGCUAUACGAUCCCGACCGUACCGGUCCCGCAGCCACCGGCAGCGGACGGUGCAUCGCCCCCGGAGGCGGCUGUCGAGGCAACGCCCGAAACGACACCCAUGAAGGAUACGAAACCUUCCGCCAGUGGCCGGCCUUAUCCCACGUCCGUCAAGCCGCAGACGGCACGGGCGAUCUGGACGCCGUCGCAACCGGCCUCACCGAUCAAGAAGGAUGCGGGCCAGUCACACUUUAACUACGAGUAUCCGCUGGCGGUGGUCACGUCGAAGAAGCUGCUGCAAGUGGUGAGCGAUCGCAAUCAGUCGCUGCUGCAGCUGUCCGACACGGGCACAACCACCACGACGACCACCAUGACGACGGUGGCCUCGGCAACGUCGACCACCAGCAACAGCGUACCGUCCAGUCCGCUUCCUAUCGAUCAGCAGUCGGCCCCCCUGUCGGCAACGGCCGUGACGGCCCCGGCAUCCCGCAACGAGUCACCGAUGGUGCAGAUUCAACCGGCUCAAUCACGCGCCGGCGAUCUGAGCCAGGAAGAUCAGGAGGUAAACGAUAUCAACAGCCCGCACAUGCAUCACUCGCAGUCGCUGCCGGUCGGUACGGCCGUACCGAUACGCGACCUGUGUGCGGACGAAGAUCAAGACCAAGGGGAAGGUUCGCCCUGUUCGGCCGGUGGACUGCACUUUAAAAACUCGCAGUCCGUCAUCAACUACACGCGCCGUCGACUGCACAGCCACUGUUUGGUGGAUUCGAACGAUCCGUACUACAGCACCGGUACCUCGCCGGCGGACACGAGCGGCAACUUUAUCCGCAACGGCGCUACCAUGGCUACGCAGCUCAUUACGAUUGGAUCGCGGGCUGGUGCCGGUCCGAACCAGCAGCUCCACAUUCCGGAACCGCUGGCCGUGUACGGUAGCCGGCAGCCGACAGCGGCAGCUGGGCUCGAGCAGCACCAUCACUACUAUCACCAGUGCCACCACCACAUACAUCUGCAUCAGCAGCAGCAGCAGCAGCUGCAACAUCAUCAGCACCAACACCACCACCACCACCAUCAUCUCGUCGGUUCGGGUGGUGCGCUGUUCGCGAGCCAUCAGCGCCGCCAUUCGCUGCCAGAUCUGAAACAUUUCGCGCUCAAAGUGAACCCGAAGCUGCUGCUCGAUUCGGUGUCGAUCGUCAAACAGCGACCGCACGCGCAUCGGGCGGGCGAAACGACCAACGGGGGAGGGAACAGUGCCUCUUCCUCGGAUGGAGUGGGCAGCAACGCGGACAGUAGCCCAUCGGAGGAGGAAGCCAUCUCUGCGGCUACCCAUUUCCACAGCAAGCAGGAGCAACGCUCGAGCGAGCAGCUCGCACGCAACCAGGAACUCUUCCGACAGCUGCGCAAUAAUCUGACGACCGUCAUCACACCGAGCAGUCACUUUCAGCAUCAGCGGGUGCACCAUCAGCAGCAGCAACAGCAGCAGCACGGUGAUUCGUUUGCUUUGGCGCGGUCGCGCACCGAUCGUCAGGCGGGCAUCGAAGCGGUGAUGGCACCGGUUCCACCGCAAGCCACCAUCACGACCGGGACGCAAACGAUCAUCAGCUGGCCCCAACCGUACGAGCAGAUCUUCUACGGCAUCCUGCAGGAGGAGCUGCGCUUCAAGAACAGCAUCUCCCAGCUGCAGCACGAUCAGCAGGUGCAGAAAGCGGCCGCCAACGGUGGCCGGCUCGAUCCGUACGCGCUGCUCGACCAGUACAUCGAAACGUGUGCCAAGAGCCGGGCGACGCUGGCCGAAAAUGGCAGCCGUACCGCGACCCUGCCCGAAUCGUACUAUCAGGACCACAUCCGGCUGUUGCACCUGCAGCUGCAGUACGAGCGGCACCGGCGCGAGAUACACGCCGAACGGAACCGGCGGCUGCUUGGCAAGAGCCGCAAGAUCCGUGCGCUCGAGCAGAACAACGAAGCGCUCAAGGAUCAGGUGGCACGGUUGACGCGCGAGAUCGCGUCCCUGAACGCGGAGUUCAGUACGGUGCGGCGUAAAACCAACGCCGAGCUGACCGAAGCGUCGCGCGAAUGCGUUCGCUGGAAGGAAUCGCUUUAUCAGGAGCAGGAACGCUGCAAAGAGCUGCAGCUCAAGAUCGAAGCGCUGCAGGUGGUGAUCAAGGACGAGUCGGCACAGCGGCGCGAGGUCGGGCUGCAGCUGGAGAACGCUCAGGGCGAGCUGUUUGAUUUGCGAAACGAGCUGCGGAAGGCGAUCGGGAAGGCGGAGCUGGGUCAACAGUACCGGGAAGAGCUGACGCGCCUUCAGUCAGAGCUGAUCAUGAUGGGUGAGGUGCAGUUGCGCUUUAAGGAGAAGCUGGCCGAGCUGGAGCGUUUGCGGGCCCGCGAAGCAGAAAUUGCACUCAUCAAAGCGAACUACCACGAAGAGUGGAAAGAGCUCAAAUUUGCACUCCAGCAAAAGUCGGCCCAGCUCGAUACGGCCAAGGAACGGCAGGCCGAGCUAGAGCAGCAGCUUAUCAAGCGCGAGGAAACAAUCACGCUACAGAAACGGACGCUUAAAACGGCCAAGGAAGAGUACCAGGAAAAGUUUAUGGCACUGGAAAACAAAUACGAAGCACAAAAAGCGAUCGUUAUUCGGAUGCAGGACACAAUCGAGGAUCUGAACAAUCAGCUGAAACGGUGCGCCGCAAAGUCUCCCGACUCCGACCGUACCGAUGCCGUCGGUUCGCUGGACCACACGUCACCGCUUUCAAUUUCGCUGGCGUCCAGCGAGGGUCUUUCGGAGAUCCGCAAUCUUUCCGCGCUGGUGGCACAAAAUUCGGCCGGACUCGGUGCGCAACUGUCGGGCGGCGGCACGUUGCCCGGCAUAGGCAACAGCAGCAGCAGCAUGAUUGGUGCAGCCGAACUUGAUUCGAAUCUGCCAACACCGACGUCGGCCGGCCAGCAGUAUCCGCACGGUGGGGGACCGGGUGCUGCCGAUCCAUAACAGCAUUCCCCCGAUGAACGGUUAGCCGCCGAAGCAGAAUGUAACGUGUAUGUGUGCUUGUGCGCGCGCAUGUUAUCACUUGUUACUGCCUUUCGUUUAAUUUUUGUUACAUUUUGUGUUUCACGAACUGAUCCGAUUCGCUGUUGAUUUUUGCCCGGCCGCUCUCACGCGCUCGUACGGUACGCUUUUUGUAAACGGUUAUCGCUAGUCAUUCGUGAUCCGUUUACGUUUUGCCAUACGCGUUUAGUUUUGUCCGUUUGCUACCUUUUUGGCAACUGCUUUCCUUGGUUGGUGUUGGUCUUGUGUAAGCGAACCAAACGUACCUUCCUGAUUGCCGUGCAGACAAAGAAGCUUCUUAGUUCGGUCUUAGUUAGGAGGGAGGAUUGAAUUCAAAACAACAAUACCGAUAGCUGCAGCUAAACGAACAGCCUCCUUAUUCCCCCCCGCAGGAGGCCAAAGUAAAAAUGCAACGUAACGGGACGGGGCCGGCGGUUGUUGCUGUUGUUGUGGUGGGGCGUAAUGAGCCGAUUCGAGGGCAUCAGGAAACGAAAGUCUAUAAAUAUCUAUAAAUAUGUAUAUUACGGCAAGCAACACGGUUUUUCUUUUUGGCAAUCCAAUGGCAUCAAGGGCAAGUACACACACACACGCACACACACACGCACUUACACAUGGAUAAGUCAGGAAAAUUCCUGAAUUUGAGACUGUAAUUUGAAUUCUCGAACACCGAAAACACCGUUGAUAGGUACAUACAAAAAUGAAGAUCGAAAACGAAAGGAGUUGUAAACACACAGACACAUAUACACACACACACAAACAACACACUAACGCACUAUGAAGUUGUAUUUGAAAGAAUUAGCAAAAAUAAAUUGUGUGACGCGAGUGGGUAGCGAUAACGCGAUGAUAAUAAAUGCAACAAAA